UUGCAUUGCUUAUGCAAAUCCUUUUGCAAUGCUACUAAUAGUAUUACUAUAAUUGUCACUUCUUCUAGCAAACAAAACGCUAGCAAUAUAAACAACAUGCUUUUACCUUUCCUUAUCCUUGCUAUCUGCAUAAUUAGACUUUUCUCUUAG